AUGAAGGCGGAUCUAGGGGCGGAGGCAAAUCUGGGGGCACCAGGGAUGAGAUAUGUGGUUAAGAUGAGGGAAGACGUCGGGGAGAGAGAGAGAGAGAGAGAGAGAGGCAGACAGGCAGAGAAAGAGAGAGUGGGGCAAUUUUUUAGCGGAUUAGGGUUGGGAUCAAAUUGGCAGCAGAGAGAUAUUAGGAGCAAGGCGAGAGACGUCUAUGAAUUGAGCCAUAAUGAUAACAUGGCAAGGAAAAUUGCCGCCCUCAACAAGAAGAUGGAUCCUAUGAUGUCCAAGAACGUCACUCCUAAACCGGUUGAGAACAACAAAUUACAAGAUGCAUUUUAG